UACUUGAGCAGUCCAGUACCUUCUCACACUCUCAGCCUGCAGACGGAACACUCACUGGUCCUGAUCAGGACUCUUCAUACUUUCUUCUUUUGACUGAAAAUUUAAGUCGUCUGUACUUAGGGUUUUAUUCCAGCUGCCUUGUCUUUUUCCAUCGUCGCCUCCUUCCUCCAACGCCCUCCACCCUGACCCCCCUGGCAGGAGGAAGAACCAGCUUGACCGGCAAUGUUCCUCGCACUGGUGGUGACGCCGGAACUGAGGCAGUUCCUGGCCAGGGCGAGAGGCGGAGCAGCACGCCUCAUCAAAGUCUGCAUCCAGGACGAGCAGCUGGUGCUGGGGGCCUACAGAGAGCCACAACAAAGCUGGGACCAGGACUAUGACCACUUCCUGCUUCCACUCCUGGAUGACCAGGAGCCCUGCUACAUCCUGUACCGCCUCGACUCCCAAAAUGCUCUGGGCUAUGAGUGGAUUUUCAUCUCAUGGUCCCCAGACCAAUCUCCAGUGAAGCAGAAGAUGUUGUACGCUGCCACUCGAGCCACAGUAAAGAAAGAGUUUGGUGGGGGUCACCUAAAGUAUGAGAUAUUUGGCACCACAGAGGAGGACAUCUGCUUGCAGGGUUACCUGCAUCAUGUGUCGUCUUUCUCAGGUCCAGCGCCUCUCACGUUAGCGGAGCAGGAGCUGCAGAGGAUCAAAAUCACAGAGGUGAAGACAGAAAUCAGUGUGGAGAGCAAGCACCAGACGCUUCAGGGCCUUGCUUUUCCUCUGCAGGAGUCAGCCAAAAGAAGCCUUCUUCUACUGGCUCAGAAACGCUUCAACUAUGUACAGCUGAGGCUGGAUGUGGAAAAGGAGACAAUAGAAUUGGUCCACUCCAACCCAACAGAAACCCGUGAUUUACCCCGCAGGGUUCCUAAAGACACUCCCAGAUACCACUUCUUCCUUUACAAGCACUCCCAUGAAGGAGAUUACCUAGAAUCUGUUGUGUUCAUAUACUCCAUGCCAGGAUACAGCUGCAGCAUUAAGGAGCGGAUGCUUUAUUCCAGCUGUAAGAGUCGACUACUGGAGGAAGUGGAGAGGGAUUACCAUUUGGAAAUUGCUAAAAAGCUGGAGAUUGAUGAUGGAGACGAGCUGACGGAGGAAUUUCUGUAUGACGAGGUCCAUCCCAAGCAGUACGCUCAUAAACAGGCCUUUGCAAAGCCCCGAGGCCCUGCAGGAAAAAGGGGACACAAGCGUCUUAUUAAGGGGGCAGGAGAGGCCAUUCAGAACAGCUAGAAGCAGAUAAUAAUACAUAUAAAUGGUAUCUUAUACAAAAAUCUGCAUUUGUAGGCCUUUCUUACUGCUUUCGAAAUAUUAAAAAUGUUUUUGUUUUUGUUUUUUGGUACACAAUGAAUUUCUCUCUUGUUCUUGGUCUAAUGUUUUACAGACAUAUUAUUACUCAUAUAAGACAAUAUGCUCCUAAAGAUUUGUAACUUACAAAAUAUACAUGCUUAAAUGUUCAAGGAACCCUUAAAACUCAAAAUAUCGAUAAAUAUUGGAAAAACACAAA